AUGUCCCUUAGCACAUCGCCUGUGCAGCUUCAGCUCUGCCGGACGCCUUUCGUGCUCGGCGUCGGUGGAAAGUGGUGGAAGGAGGGGCCUCCGGACUACACCCGCGCCAACCGCCGGCGCAUGGAACUGGAGCAGCAACGCAUCGUGUCGAGUCAGCACCUGCCGCCCAUAGAGCCAACCGCCGAGCAAGCGUGCCAGCUCUAUCGCCGCCUUUUGAAGGAAGGCUACAAGACACUCGUAGUGACGGACAAGGACUUCUACCGCCGCAAGGUCCGCUACGAACUCGAGGUCACCUCUCGCCAGACAAGCUCUCGAGUGCGGGGAAUUAUGUUUGAAAAGGGUCGCUGGAUGCUGGAGAACAAGCUCGGUGGGAUCAUCUAA